AUGUGCUCCUACGACCCUGAGACCGCCGUGAGCACCACCAGCUUGGGCGAGCGCCGAACUGGACGCAUCGGUACCUUGAUGAUCUGCUUGGCCGGCUACGCCAUCUCCGCCUCCCUGAAGCUCUUGGUGCCAAGCAGCGCGAGCAACUACUACAAGCGGGAGGACAAGAGCGGGGCCAAUCGCCUGAGGGAGCUGAUCGACGAGGAGCAGCAGGAGGAGGCGGCCAAGGGAGGCACCGUGGAGGAUAUCGUCGCAUCGGAUGUGCCUACGCAAGCAGAGAUGGAGGAGGAUGAUGAGAUGCCGCCCAUCUUCACGACCCACCUGUGGAAGAGGUCCGCGUUGGCGCUCCUGGUCUACAUCAACGCGGAGCUGGCCGGCAUGUCUUAG